AUGAGAUAUGAAAAUGAUUCGUAAUAGCAAUCUGACUCUGAUUCAGACUCGUAUCGUAAUCCUAAUUCUGAUACAACUGAUUUUGAUUUUACUCAAUUAGAGUAAUCAGUCUUGAUUUCAAAGGAUGAUGGAUUAUCAAAAUUAAUAAAAGGAACCGAUCAAUACUACUAUCAAUACUUUCUAAAUAUCUUAAAUUAGAAAGGAUAUUAACUUGAUCCUAUAUAAUAGGAGCAUUUUAAAAAUUAUAAAGAAAUGAAAACCAAAAAUUAUAAGAAAAUAUGCUUAAGAAGAUUAUUUGUUGAAUAUGAUAAUCUGAUGAAUGAACCCAUGCAAACAGAAGAAAUAACAAAAAGAUAAAGAGAAAUCUUACAAAAAAUCAAUAAGAGAUUAUUUAAAAUCAAUUUUGGUAACUUGUCCGAAGAUACUUCUACGAAAGUAAUUUUCAUUGUAAAUUUUAGUAAUAAAAUGCAUUCACUACUAAUGUAUAGAGCAAAGAAUUAGUUUCACAAUUUGAUAACAACAAAUUAGCCAUGGAUGAUUAUCUAAAGGAUGCUUAUACAGAAAAGGGAAUCAAAAAAUUAUUUCCUAGCUUACUUCAAUAAAUAGAUCUUUUAGAACUAAUUAAGGCUCCUAAUAAAGUUAUUGAGAUUUUCUUCAAUGAAUUAAACCAAAGGGAUUAAUAGGUAAUUUUAAAUAAUCAUAUUCUUUAAUUUUUCAAUUUAUUGGCUCAAAAAAAAGACUUUAUUUUUACAAAUUUAUGCUUUACCAUCCUAACUAUUGAGUAAAUGGAGGAGCUAGUAAAAUUAAAUAAGAUAUUUUUCGAAAAUGCCAUUUUUGUAGGAAAUCUAUAUUUCAAGAAAUUUGGGCAGGAUAACAUUUAAUAGGAGAAUUCUUAAACUCUAGUAGAGUAAAAUAAAGAAGUUUUAUCAAAUUUGAACGAGGCAUAUAUUUGGACAAAAUAAUUAUCAAAAAAGUUUAAUUCUCUUAAGUAAAUAGUUCUAAGGGAAUUACUUUAAUAUGGUAAAUCUUGAUUAUAUAUCAUAGGUAUUGAAAUUUAACAUUAUGACUUUGAUUUACUUUUGGAUUUUCUAAAAGACCCAACGGAAAUGUAUCAAAAUAUCACAAAAUCACAUAGGGAUGUGCAAAGUAAAAUCAGAAAUGACUUUUCAACGAAUUGGUAGGAAUGGCAUAGAUUUAAAACUGGCAGAUGUAAUUAUUAUAGAUUAUAAGUAGGGAUCAAUGCUAAUUAAUUAAUUGAAAAGUAUUUAUAAAAGUACUUUGAAUNUACAAUAAGCGAAAGUCUCUUUGUAUAAUUCUAACAAUAAAGAUUCUGUAAUCAUUUAAAUGAAUUGGUAUUUAUGUUUUACCGGGGAUAAUUUAGUAUUGAAAGCUAUGUAAAAAUUUGUUCAAGCAAAUAAAAAUAAAAAUAAUAAACAUGAGAUAUGAAAAUGAUUCGUAAUAGCAAUCUGACUCUGAUUCAGACUCGUAUCGUAAUCCUAAUUCUGAUACAACUGAUUUUGAUUUUACUCAAUUAGAGUAAUCAGUCUUGAUUUCAAAGGAUGAUGGAUUAUCAAAAUUAAUAAAAGGAACCGAUCAAUACUACUAUCAAUACUUUCUAAAUAUCUUAAAUUAGAAAGGAUAUUAACUUGAUCCUAUAUAAUAGGAGCAUUUUAAAAAUUAUAAAGAAAUGAAAACCAAAAAUUAUAAGAAAAUAUGCUUAAGAAGAUUAUUUGUUGAAUAUGAUAAUCUGAUGAAUGAACCCAUGCAAACAGAAGAAAUAACAAAAAGAUAAAGAGAAAUCUUACAAAAAAUCAAUAAGAGAUUAUUUAAAAUCAAUUUUGGUAACUUGUCCGAAGAUACUUCUACGAAAGUAAUUUUCAUUGUAAAUUUUAGUAAUAAAAUGCAUUCACUACUAAUGUAUAGAGCAAAGAAUUAGUUUCACAAUUUGAUAACAACAAAUUAGCCAUGGAUGAUUAUCUAAAGGAUGCUUAUACAGAAAAGGGAAUCAAAAAAUUAUUUCCUAGCUUACUUCAAUAAAUAGAUCUUUUAGAACUAAUUAAGGCUCCUAAUAAAGUUAUUGAGAUUUUCUUCAAUGAAUUAAACCAAAGGGAUUAAUAGGUAAUUUUAAAUAAUCAUAUUCUUUAAUUUUUCAAUUUAUUGGCUCAAAAAAAAGACUUUAUUUUUACAAAUUUAUGCUUUACCAUCCUAACUAUUGAGUAAAUGGAGGAGCUAGUAAAAUUAAAUAAGAUAUUUUUCGAAAAUGCCAUUUUUGUAGGAAAUCUAUAUUUCAAGAAAUUUGGGCAGGAUAACAUUUAAUAGGAGAAUUCUUAAACUCUAGUAGAGUAAAAUAAAGAAGUUUUAUCAAAUUUGAACGAGGCAUAUAUUUGGACAAAAUAAUUAUCAAAAAAGUUUAAUUCUCUUAAGUAAAUAGUUCUAAGGGAAUUACUUUAAUAUGGUAAAUCUUGAUUAUAUAUCAUAGGUAUUGAAAUUUAACAUUAUGACUUUGAUUUACUUUUGGAUUUUCUAAAAGACCCAACGGAAAUGUAUCAAAAUAUCACAAAAUCACAUAGGGAUGUGCAAAGUAAAAUCAGAAAUGACUUUUCAACGAAUUGGUAGGAAUGGCAUAGAUUUAAAACUGGCAGAUGUAAUUAUUAUAGAUUAUAAGUAGGGAUCAAUGCUAAUUAAUUAAUUGAAAAGUAUUUAUAAAAGUACUUUGAAUCAAAUUCUGAUUUUAGUAUUUUUGAGCAAUACUUGGAAACUCAUUAUUUGAAGAAACAAAAAGCCAUAAGCCACCUGUAUAAAGGAGAGGAAGUUCAAGAUUUGAAGAAUUAUUUUACUAAUAAUGAAAUCAAAUAGAUGAACAAUACCAAGGUCUUGUACUUAUGUGAUAACAACAAACCAUAUUUUAUUCACGGAGAACCUGUCAAUUUAUAUGUUGAAUUAAAGAAUAUUUAAAGUUUGACGAUUAAGAUAUUUCAAAUUAACAUGAAGAAUUUUUAUAAUACUAAGACUGAAUAAUUAACUACAGAUAUAUGUUUAAAUGGUUUUAUUCCUACAGAAGAGAUAAAUUUUACCUAUGAUUGUCCUCCUAUCAAGAAAGUAAUUAAAGAGUUUACGUUUGAAUCAAUUUAAAAAACUGAAAGAGGAACCUUCAUUAUCGAAUUUAUUGGUAAUGGGCUAUCUUGUAGAGCAAUAAUUGAAAAAGGAAGAUUAUGUUUGAGGUAGACAAUAGUAUCUGCUGGAAAUAAAUAUGAGAUAUUUGAUGAAAAAUUUGAGAAAUUGUUUGAUGAUCGAAUUGGAAUAUGGAUCGAAGAGAUCUUUUAUAAUUUGGUUAAAGGCGAAAUCGUAAUUCCAUUCCCAAAGGAGGAAACCAAAUGUUCAGCUAUUAUUCAAUAUGGAGAUUUCUAUUAAAAAGAAAAUCUCUAGUUAAGUCCUGAACGUUUUAUAUUAAUUUGCAGUUUCAUUUUGGGGCAUGAGUAGAUUCAAUUAGGCUCAGAUGUAUCAGUAAUUAUAAUCCCUAAAUUGACUUUGAAUGAAACUAACAUAGGAUUUGAAAUAUUUAAGGAUGCUAAUGUCUAAAUAUCUUGUUAGAAUGAGAAGGGUGUUCCUUAAACCUUCAACUUCAAAGACAUUAAUUUUGUGUCUUAAGUUCCUUUAGAAUUGAAAUUCCCUAUUAAUUAAAAACUCCUAAGUAUCUAAAUAGAUGUGACAGGGAAAAUAAAAUAAUUACAUAAAAAAGACGAUUUAGUAUUAGAAUAAACCUGUUACAUAGAUAUGAAGGAUAAAACAUAAAAUUAAAUAUUUAUAAAUCAGUUGCUAAAAUUUGAUGAUGCAGAUGGUUAUUCAAUAUUUGUAUUGGGAAAGAACGGUGAGCCAUACAAAAAUGUCUAGGUUUAAGUUUUAUUUACUCACAAAUUGAUUGAUGAAUAAAUCAAAGAAAAUCUUAUUACUGAUGAAAAUGGGUAAAUCAAGUUAGGGUUUUUGUCAAAAAUAGAAAAAAUAUCUUCAUCUGUUAUUUCUACUAAAUAUUAGAUCUAAAAAUAAGAAUGGAAACUCCUAAAACAGUUUUCUGCUUACUAACACUAUUUUGAAUAAGUGGUUAAUUUGGGAGAAAAAGUGACCUUACCAUUCUCAACCAAAUUAGAAAAUGUUCUGCUCUAUCAAAUAAAAAAUCGCAUUUAAUCUGAAAUAACUCCGAUUAAAAACGUUAGGAAUUGGAUUUAAUUUGAAGAGAAUGAAAUAACCAUUGAAUUCAACUAGAAAGGAUAAUAUUUACUUCGAUUAUUAGAAGAAGAAUAUUCGUUUUAAUUCAAAGUCCUUGAUAAUACCUUAAAAUAAUGCAAGGAAUACCUUUAUACUUAAAAUGAAAGGAUAUAAAGAGAAUCUUUGAGAGAAAUUAAUUUAAAAAGUUCUGUGACUUAACUGAAUGAUAAAAACUAUUUGGUUUAGGGUGAUAUAUUAUAUGAUAAAGAAUAUCAUUUAGUUGCAAUAGCUACUACAUUUUAUCCUGAUCUAAGUAAUUUAGAAAAAGAAAUGCAAAAUUUUAUGUACUAGUAUGAAGACCAAUCUGGUCUUAAGAUUGAAUUCAAAAAUAACAUAUAUUUGUCAAACCUAAAAUAAUCGGAUGAGUUAGGAUAUAUUAUUGAAAGGAAAAAUCAACCAAAAUAUUUAGGCAACACACUUGAGAAACCUUAAAUCCUUUUAAAUCGAUUUCUUACUGAUUGUACAGAAACUUAAGAAGAAUAAUUGAAAUAAGUUUAGCAAAAUUUAUCAUAAAGGAACCUUUCCAAAAUGAUGGCAACUGGAGCUUGUAGAAAAACAGGACCUAUUCGAUAUCAUUAAUAAAGUUUUGAUUCUUUUUGUGAAUUCUUGAAAUUUCCAGGUAGAGUUAUCGCAAAUAUCCAUAAGGAUAAGAAUCACUAUUCUUUUGAAGUUCCAGUUCAUUAUUCUACAAUUGUGAUGUUGGUUUAUUCAGAUAAUAACUAUAUUAUUAAGAUAUUACCAUUAUAGAACAAAGAAAUUUAAAUCAAAGAUUUAUGCCAUGAGUCAUUGCUAGAAAAGAAUAAAUUUUAUUCCACCUUUAGAAGUGCAAAAGAAAUCAUCCCUUAGACUCCAUUUUAGAUUUAAGACAUAACAUCGACAGAAAUAUUUGUUAUAGACUCCUUGAAUUUAUUGUUUCAAAUUUAGAAAGAGCUAGUGAGAAUCAAUAAAUAAAAGAUAUAAGAGAAAGAUUUGAAAAUGCUAUCUGACCUCUUAAAAUGGGAUUAAGAAACUUCUCAUUUUUAAUAGAAAUUCUAUAAUUAAUAUUAAUGUGAUGAAUUGAACCUGUUUCUAUUUAUGAAGGAUGCCAGCUUUUUUGAAACAGUCAUAUUGAAUCACAUAAACAAUAAAAUAGAAAAAUCAUUUAUGGAUAGCUUCUUACUUUAGGAUCAUUAAGCACUUUCUAAAUAUGAAUAAGUCUAAGUAUUUUAAUAGUUGAAUGCACUGGAAUAAGCACUUCUAGUAAUAUACAAUUAAGAAAUUGGGGAAAAAAAGGAAGAAGCAUAAAUUAUAGCUAAAUAUCUAUAAUAGAAUUUUAAAACUAUUGUUAAUAAAUAGGACAACGAUAAAUAUAAGUUGCUUUUUGACACAAUUUUAGGAGUAGAAAAAGAACUAAUCAAUCAGAAAAAUAAGAGAGAGAGUUAAGAAAUAGAAAACAAGAAUUCAAAAGAAAUAAACAACCAUGCAUAAUAGAGAGAAUUGGUGUAAAAAAAAAAAAGUUUUAGUUAAAGAUGUAAAGAAAGAUGUAAAGAAAGAUGUAAAGAAAGAUGUGAAGAGGAAGAUGAAGAUGCAGAAUUGAGUAACAGCAGAAGUAUGAGUAGAAGUAUAAGCAGAAGUAUAAGCAGAAGUAGUAGAAGUAGUAGUAGUAGUAGUAGUAGCAUUUCUUAAUAUAAAAAAAGGAAAGGAACGGUUUAAGCUCGUGGAGGAUCUAGAACUAGAUAAACUGCAAGAAAAAGUAUGGCUAAAUCUGCUACUAAAGGCUUUGGAGCUAGAAAUUAUAAUUCCAUGCGUGAAAGCUUAGUUUAAACUUUUUAACAAGUUGAAGCCACUAAGGAGUACUGUGAAAAACAUUAUAGUGUUGGAAUUAAUUAAUAGUAAUAUAGGAAGUUGGUUAGUGGGUCUGAGUUUUUCAUUGAUCUAGCAAAUCACUCAAUACAAAAAGGGUUUUUUACUGAAAAUUUCAUUUCCUCUUCUUUUAUGUAUUGCACUUCUAAUUUUACAGAGAUCAUUAGUGUGUUAGCUUUAAUCAGUCUACCCUUUUAGUCUCCGAAACAUACUCAACAACAAUUAGGGAAUAAGGGCAUAGAAUUAUUAUUUCCAAGUUCUGCUCUCAUAUUGAUAAAGGAGAUUUAAGAAGCUCAAGUGUAACCUAAUUCCAGAAUCAUAAUUACUCAAUCCUUUUUCGAUCCCCAAAAUGAAGGGAUUGAGGAUCAAAAUGAUAACGAAGAUGAGGAAGAUCUAAGUUAUUUUUCAAUAAAAAAAGUUUAUGGUUGUAAAGUAGUGGUUUCGAAUUGCACUGCAGCUUCGCAAACCUUUUAAUUAUUGAUGGAAAUUCCUAACGGUUCAAUUCCAGUCAAUACAACAUUUUCAACUAAAACAAUAACAUAUACAGUUGCUCCUUAUUAAAGUUUUACUCAAGAAUACUUUUUCUAUUUCCCAAAGCCUGGAAAUUUCACAAUUUAUCCAGCCAACAUUUCGAAACUUGGAAAAGUCAUUUAAAUUGCAAAGGAGAAAAUCUUCUAAGUCUACGAUGAAAGAGUAAAGGUCAAUCUUGAAAAUAUAAAUGAACUCCUAUCAACAGACAAUAAUCAAGAAAUUUUAAAUUACCUUGAGAACAAAAACAUAUUCAACACAAAAUGGUUUAAUCCAAAAUUAUUAUAUCAUAAAUUUAGUGAUGAAGUGUUCUAUAAUUAAGUCAUGUAGAUUUAUAGAAAGAGAAAGUUUUAUGAUUUCCACAGUUUUGCUUAUGCAUUACUACACAAUAAUGUUCAAUGCUUAAAAGAGUUAUUUAUGACCUAAAAAUCUAAGAAGGUUUUGAAAUAAUAUUUUAAUCAUUUUGCCUGCUCUUUGUUUGAAAUCAAUUCUAUUAGAAUUCUGGAGUAUUACCCACUGAUUAUUAAAAGGGUGCAUAAACUUUAUAACGGAGAGAACAACAUACUCAAUGUAUAACUAAGGAAACAAUAUACAAAUUACUUAAUCUAUCUUCUGGAAAAGCCUCAAUUUUCAACCAUUGAUAAAUUAAUCCUGAUCUACUAUUUGUUAUUGCAGGAGAGAGUCAAUGAAGCUGUUUAAGUUUAUUCACAAAUUAGCGAAGAGGAAUAAAAGGAAUAAUAAUUAUAGUUUGAUUAUCUAUCUGCAUACUUAGACUUUUAUACUGGGUACCCCAAUUUUUAGAAGGGAAGAGACAUUUGUAAAAAGUAUCUGAGUUAUCCUGUAAUACAUUGGAGAAAUAUGUUCUAUGAAAUGAUUAAUCUAUUGAUUGAAUAUGAUGGAGAGGAAGACAAUCAAUUCUCUAAAUUAGAAAUAACUUAAUAAUAAAGGCAAUAACAGAUUGCUAAAACGGAAGAGACAUUGGCGGGUUCAAUAGAGGGAGAUUCAAUUAGCAUUACAUAUUCAAAUCUAUCAGAAGUAAAGGUAGAAUACUAUAAAUUGGAUAUUGAAAUUCUAUUUUCAAAUAAUCCAUUCAUGAAGAAUAUCAUUCAAGAUUUCUCCAUAGUCCUACCAAAUCUAUGUACAACUCACACUCUUGAUGGUCAAGAAAUCCAAAAGAAGUAAUUUAUGUUAUUAAUUAUUUAAGUUUGCAUUAAUAGAAAAUUCAAAUUCCUAGAGAGAUUGCAAGAGAGAAUCUGUUUGUCACAAUUAAAGGCUAGUAAAAACAAGUCACAUGUAAGUAUUAACCCACAUCUUUGUUUGUACAAACAAUGGCGGACUCAGGAUAAAUUAGAGUAUUUAAUUAACAAGGUUAAUACUUAUGCAAAGUUUACGUGAAAGUCUAUUCAAGAGAUAAAAAUUAGAAAGAGACCUUCUAUAAAGAUGGAUACACAGAUCUUAGAGGAAGAUUUGAUUAUGCUUCAUUGAGUUCAGCAAACUUUAAAGACAUUGAUAAGUUUUCAAUGCUGGUUUAUCAUGAGGAGUUAGGUAAUUAUAUAUAUUAUAAUUUAAAUAGGAUCCAUAAUUUAAUAGGUUUCCCCUCCUCCAACUUUGGGAUAAUACGAAAAAGAAAUUCAAUUGAUUGGAAAUAAAUGGAGACAAUAAGAAAGAGAUGAGUAUUAGAAUAAAUAAAAUGUUUAAUAAACUAUCUUCACAGGAAAAGGAGGAAAAGGAAUAGGAAAAAUAAGUAAAAAAAGAGAAUGAGAUUGAG